GAUAAAGCUCGUAUAUAUUUCAACAGUUUUGAUAAUCACAUCACAGUCGACAGAUUGAUAACCCUCCUCGAUACUGGUAUGCAUUGCGUAAACAUGCUGGCCAUAUUGACAACGAUCCUCAUAGUUUCAUCUGCAUAUGCUGUACAAUGGCCAGCAGGGAGCUAUACACUAGUCAAAUCGAAAGCAGGAUGUCCCUCUGGGUGGCAUGAAGGAUGGAGAAAACAAGAUAAUGAAGACAAAAACAAUAGUAACGAAAUUACAAAUGGACAUCAUUUCUACGGUACCUUUGGAUCGAACAUGGAAUUUUAUUAUUGUACCAAAGACCAACAAACAAUAUCCGGAACUCAAGGUUGGCCAAGUGGAGAUUACUGUAUUCUAAGACAAGGAAUAUCCUGUCCACCAGGUUUUCAGACAGGAAGUAUUUAUUGGGAUGACGAAGAUAAGAAUAAUAGCAACGACAAGGACGGUGUACUACCUAGUGGAACCUAUGACAAAGAUACUCUCAUAAACUACUGUUGCAGAUCUGAUGGACCAUACAGCACUAAGAUUCUUCUUCCAACUGGUACACCAUUCUAUUUAUUACGCUUUACAUCAUCACCAUGCCAACAGGUAAAGGGGAUGGUUGUUAGACAGGAGACCGUCAAAUCAGAUGACGAGGAUAAUAACAACAAAAACAGUAACAGUGGAAGUCACCCACUAAAUGGUGGAAACAGAAACAACAAGCUCUUCUACUGCUAUUAUUACUGAUUUAUAUCACUGAACAUAGUAUAACAUUUUUUAGAAUUUAGUCUUUAUUUACUUCUAGUUUAUCUAUUUAGAGUAUUUCUUUUUUUAUUUUCAUUGCAUUUAGAUUGAACACUCUGGACUGUGUCUUCCUGUAUUUUGUUUAAAUUUUUUGUUAUUUACUACAAGGCAGUUCACUGGUCUUAUUCGGUUUUCGGAAUUUACGUUGACAUGGACUGUUGAGGCUUCGGACGCAUAUAAUUUAUUAAAUGUUCUUUUUAAUUUUCAAUAAUGAGAAACAAAUAAACAUGAUUAAGUUGCAAAAGAAUAACCUUAACAUUCAAGGUUGAAUAAGCAGUCUGCCGAUAAAAAUCAGUCAAAAUGUACAUAUUUGAUUAUUCUCAAUUUUAAAUUUUCCAACAUUGACAUCUCGGCGAUACAUUGGGCAAGAUAUAUAUACUAGUAUAUAAAAAGUAAAUAAACGUUAGUAAAAUGACAACCCGUUUGCACGUAAAACUAAGGCAAAAGAGGGACGAAAGAUACCAGAGGGACAGUCAAACUCAUAUAUCGAAAACAAACUGACAACGCCAUGGCCAAAAAUAAAAAGACAAACAGACAAAUAAUAGUACAGAUGACACAACAUUGACAUCUGAAUAAUGUACAAUAAAUAAUGUACAAUAAAUGUUAUCAUAAUCUUAUCAACCAUUUCCCCUAUAAAAACGUUUAUGGUAUCUGUACUUUAAACAAAAAAGCUUAAGAACCAAGUAUCUGUUUUUGUAGCAAAUGUCCAGAUGUUCUUUUAAAGUUUUGCGGUCGCUAUUUCCAUAUUAUGGAAUAUAUGUAUCGCAUACUACCAUGAUUAUUUUCAGUUCCAUGUCGUGAUCCAUGACUUAAACCGGAUGCCACAAAUGACUGGAUGCUAAUAUUAAAUGCAAAACGAGAUUGGUGCUAGUACUGAGACAUAUUAAUUUAUCUAGGUUUUUGUAAGGUUAAUGUUUCCAAACUUUACGUUUUGUAUUGUAUUUUAUUUUCUGUUGGCUAUCUUUUUGUCAUUUAGUAAUUUUGUGUUCUAUCUGUUUUUAUGACUUUUGGAGACUUAUUUUUACUUGGUAUCUUUGACUUAUUUUAAGUACAACAACGAUUGCGUUUUAUAAUGUUUUACAUAGUUCAUUCUGUUUGAAAAUGAUACAAGAAUAAUUUAUAUUGAUUUUUACAUAAAUGAUAUUCUUAUGAAAUAAAAAUGCUGUUAUUAAUUUUUUGUGUCUAGACUAUGAUAGAAUAAUAUAUAAAUUAACGUAGUUCACUCUAGGUACCGUACCAAAUAUCAAUAAAGUU